CAGUGACAGUGCUUACAGUGUGUGUGACGCCUGAGUACCUGCUGGGAUAGGACAGUCCACGACCACAUCUCGCUAGGCAAGCACCUAGGCACCUAGGAGUCGCUACUGAUCAGAAUGCCACCCAACAAUGAUGCGCAGGUUGACUCCCUGCUGGGUCCCGUGGACACGGAGGUAGAGAGAUCUUGUCCCUUGGCCGCAUUACCUGACGAACACUGUAAAUCCGACAAUAACAACACUCCACCAAAACCAACAACAUACCAGCCAAAGAUCAUCUGGUCCAAUGUUGUCUUCAUUUCGCUCUUCCAUCUCGUAGCUCUCUACACGUUUCUCUUCAAGUUUCUCCUCUUCAGAUUCCAUAUUCUCUCAGUUCUCUGGGGAUUUUUCAUAGGCGGUGUGUCAGGGUUUGGCGUGACGGGUGGAGUCCACAGGCUCUGGGCACAUAGAGCAUACAAGGCUAAGUGGCCUCUCAAAGUUAUCUUGCUGGCGUGUUACUCUGUGGCCGGACAGAACACAGUGUUUGACUGGGUGAGAGAUCACAGAGUUCAUCACAAGUUCUCCGAGACUGAUGCAGACCCUCACAACAGCAACCGAGGUUUCUUCUUCGCCCAUGUCGGCUGGCUCAUGCAGAAGAAACAUCCAGAGGUCCUGAGAAGAGGAAUGCAGGUAGACAUGAGUGACAUACUUCAGGACCCUCUAAUAUCCUUCCACACCAGACAUUUCACCAUUAUCAAGCUGCUGUUGUGUUUCGUGUUCCCCAUCCUAGUACCAGUCUACUGCUGGGGUGAGACGUGGACGAACAGUAUCCUCGGCAUGAGCUUCCUACGCUACAUGCUCGGCCUUAACUUCACCUGGUUGGUCAACAGUGCAGCACACAUCUACGGGUACAAGCCCUAUGACAAGAGAAUCCGUCCCGCACAGAACUUGACGGUUUCGAUCGUAGCGAUGGGAGAAGGAUGGCAUAACUACCACCAUGUGUUCCCAUGGGACUACAAGGCGGCCGAGCUCGGCAACUACAAGUUCAACCUGACGACCGCGCUCAUCGACAUGUUCGCUAAGAUCGGCUGGGCAUACGACCUCAAGUCAGCUUCGCCCUCGCUCGUGUCAACAAUGGUUAGUAAACACGGGGAUGGAUCAUAUGAGGACCACGGCCACAUACACCAACAUUGACAGAAUGUUGGCGAAUUUAAAUCUUUCAGGGAUUGUAGAUAAACAGAAAGUUGCACAGGAAUGUCAAAUUUUAUUAUAUUUUGAAAUUCUUUACAUUUGGUAUUUAUAUUGAAGUUCUAUCUAAUAACAUAGGGCCAAUGAAAUUCACUUUUAAAAUAUUUAUUUAAAAUUCCAUACCAUAUAAGGACCAUAAUGACCUCUCUAGAGGUCAAAAUGACCAUAAGGACAUUAGUUAUCCUAGCUUUGAAAACAUUUAAAAUUUAGAAAAAGUAUACAGUAUUUUAGUUUGUAGAGCACAUUUUGCACUUGUUACUAGAUGUUACACGAGUAGUUUUUUAGAUACGGGUUAAUUUUUAAAUAUUAAUCAGCAAUAAAUGUUUUCUCACAUUCUUAAGUAAAUCAUACAGCUUUUUAAAGUAGCGAUUUAAAUAGAAGCUUAUAAGGGGAGGUUUUCUUAAAACAAAAGCUAAUUAAAGAAAUUACACUAAGAACUUUUCAUCCUCAUAUUGUAGUUUUUGUCAAAUUUUUUCAUCAUAAGUUGU